AUGGCGGACAACUAUGGCACCUACCGACGAGAGUCGAAGGUCGACGCUUACAACACCAAGGAAUCCUUGCCACGCGACUCACGAUCUUCCGAACCAGCUGAUGACCUUCUCGAAGCGCUCGGAUAUACACAGCAGCUAGCGCGCUCACGAUCGACUCUCAAUGUCAUGUUCAUGUCGUUCGUGUUGGCCUCGGUGCCUUAUGGACUGGCCACGACCCUGAUAUAUCCUCUGACUGGAGGUGGACCAACUACCAUCAUCUGGGGAUGGGUCGCCGUAUGUCUGUUGAUGCUGUGUGUCGCCGCUUCGCUUGGUGAGAUCACCUCGGUGUACCCCCUUGCAGGAGGAGUUUACUACCAAACAUUCAUGCUGGCCUCACCCAGAUGGCGGAAACUCGCAGCCUGGAUGACGGGCUGGUCCUUCACCCUCGGCAACAUCAUCAUCACUCUUUCUGUCAACUUCGGUACCACCCUCUUCCUGAUCGGCUGCAUCAACGUCUUCCAGGUCGACGACGGUACUGGCACCGGCGCCACUGUCGGGAUCUUCCAGGUCGAAGCAUACCAGACCUACCUGAUCUUCCUGGGCAUCACGAUCCUCUGCACGUGCAUUUCGUGCUUCGGAAACAAGUGGCUCCAUCACCUCGACACUGCUGCUGUCAUUUGGACCUUCCUCGGUGUGAUCGCGAUCAUCGUCUGCAUCCUCGCCAUCGCAGCCGAAGGCAGAAGACGAGCGAGCUGGGUCUUUGGCGGAUUCGAGGUAACAUCCGGAUGGAACCCACCAGGAUGGGCCUUCUGUAUCGGUCUGCUCCACGGCGCGUACGCCACCUCCGCCACCGGUAUGGUCGUCUCCAUGUGCGAGGAAGUACAGCAGCCGGCCACUCAGGUCCCCAAAGCCAUCGUCGGUGCUCUGCUCAUGAACAUGGCAUGCGGACUGGUCUUCCUCAUCCCAGUCUGCUUCGUUAUCCAGGAUCUGACAGUCAUCGCUACCGAUCCAUCCGGCCAGCCGCUACCAGUCAUCCUCCGUUCCGCAAUUGGCAAUGAAGUCGGUGCCUUCGUGCUCACGGUCCCAAUCAUCAUCCUUGGAAUCCUCUGCGGUACGGGCUGCACGACUGCAGCGUCACGAUGCACAUGGGCGUUUGCCCGUGAUGGCGCUAUUCCAGGCUCGAGAAAGUUUGGUUUCGACACCGUCAACGACAAGUUCGGCCUGCCGCUUAACGCCAUGUUGCUCUGCUUCGUCGUCCAGGCGGUCCUUGGACUGAUCUACCUUGGUUCCAGCGCGGCGUUCAACGCUUUCAACGGAUCGGGCGUCAUUUUCUUGACAUUGAGCUAUGUCAUCCCUGUGGCCAUUUCGUUCUUUGGUGGGAGGAAGAGACUGAGUGCUGGGAAGUUCAACCUUGGAGCUUUCGGCUGGUUCGCCAAUGCCGUGUCCAUUGCAUGGUGCGCCUUUGCCAUCCCCCUCUUCUCGAUGCCUUCGGCCCUACCAGUAACAAUGAGCUCAAUGAACUAUGCCUCAUGCGUCUUCGUCGGCGGUUUCGCAAUCGCUGGAUUCUGGUAUGUCGUCUGGGGAAGGAGCAACUAUGCCGGGCCCAAGGUCACCGAAGCGACUGAGGAGAUGACUGCGAGGAGGAUAAGUACGGUCAGCGCUACGAGGCAGAUGUAA